GUAUUGGCGAGGCCAGUCGGUGUAUCGCAACGAAGCUCCAGGCCACAAAGCGGCGAACAACUGCAGACCAGUCCUUCCCCGUCCCCGUCCCCGUCCCCGUCCCCAGUUCCCACGCCACUAACAUAUAACCUCCGUCGUCCCCAGCAACCAAGACGACUCAGAGAGCGACCAGCACCAUAUGUGUUCCGGCCAUCUAACACCGAAUCACUCAGGCCGGAACACGCAUCCGAGCUAACGGCCCCUAACCGCGAUGCUUAUCGCGUAUCUAACAACAAAGUUUACUGCCGUUUGCCCGGGUGCGCCAGGCCGUCUACAGGUUUUGCUACUGUAGCGGCCUGGAAGAUCCAUGUGCGCAGGGCACAAUGUCACCAACUAACAACCCUGUGCACAUGGUGUGGCCAUAACGUGCACGUCCCUCCGCACCUCUCCCCAGACCAACAUAACAUCUUCAUGGACGCUCACCGGCGGGAGAGAUGCGUGAGCGCCCCUCGUAACAUCAAUAAGGCGCGACAUCUCGACGCCGAUCGCCUUUCGGAGCUGGGCCGCGAUAUCACGCAUAUCGCGGACUCACUCCGUGAAGGACCCGAGGCAACGGCAACUCCUUCACGGAGGCGCCUAUCCUCGGGGGCGUCGAGGGGGGACGAUGACACGGGUGCUGGUCCGUCGAAACGUCCUAGGGUGUAA